UCGGAAAUCUGAAAGACUCCUCUUAGUUAACCAUCUUCACGAAGUAGCAAACAAUCGACAAAAUGGCCCCCGUUAAGAAGAGCAAGAAGGAUGCCAACAGCAUCAACUCCAAGUUGGCGCUUGUUAUGAAGUCCGGCAAGGUCACUCUUGGUUACAAGUCUACGCUCAAGAGCCUUCGUUCCGGCAAGGCCAAGCUGAUCAUCAUCGCUGGUAACACUCCUCCUCUCCGCAAGAGUGAGCUCGAGUACUACAGCAUGUUGUCCAAGGCCCCCAUCCACCACUUCACUGGCAACAACAUUGAGCUCGGUACCGCCUGUGGUAAGCUCUUCCGCUGCUCUACCAUGGCUAUCCUCGAUGCCGGUGACUCCGAUAUCCUCAGCGACCAGCAGGCUUAAAUGCCCACCUAAAAAGUGCAUCCUUAUUUUUUUUCAAGGCGUUGGGGGUAACUCGGGUCACGGGCAUGUGAGACAAAUGAACAUAUACCAAUCAAUGUGAUGACAUGAAAUCUUGCCACAGGACGCGGCGUGAUGGCUCCUUUGAAGCCCGCGCAAUACAGUCCUCGAUCAAUGAUCGAAAUCUUCCUACUGCUGCCUAAGUAACAGGCGCAGAGAUAGACAUCUCAAUGAAAACAAUACAGCUCAAGACGUUGGCUUCCUGCUAUG